UCUCUUAAAAACUCCCAUCUCUCAAUACACAAUCCACAGAAGAAACUAUUCUAUCAAAAGAACUGUGCUAAAAGGCUAAAACAAAGGAGACAAUGGCAAAGAAGGUGGCAGUGAUUGGAGCAGGGGUCAGUGGCCUGAUCUCUCUGAAGUGCUGCCUAGAUGAGGGUCUUGAGCCCACCUGCUUUGAAAGGACUGAAGAUAUUGGAGGGCUGUGGAGGUUCAAAGAAACUGUGGAAGAUGGCCGCGCAAGUAUCUAUCAAUCUGUCAUCACCAACACCAGCAAAGAAAUGUCCUGUUUCAGUGACUUCCCAAUGCCUGAAGAUUUCCCCAACUUCCUACACAACUCAAAACUCCUGGAAUAUUUCAGAAUUUUUGCCAAAACGUUUGAUCUUCUAAAAUAUAUCCAGUUUCAGACAACCGUCCUCAGUGUGAAAAAGUGCCCAGAUUUCGCGUCCUCUGGCCAAUGGGAGGUUUAUAUUCAGAGCAAUGGCAAGGAGCAACAGGUUGUCUUUGAUGCCAUCAUGGUUUGCAGUGGCCAUCACAUCCAACCUCACAUCCCACUGAAGUCAUUUCCAGGUAUUGAGAAAUUCAAAGGCCAGUAUUUCCAUAGCCGCCAAUACAAGGACCCAGCUGGAUUUGAGGGGAAACGCAUCCUGGUGAUUGGAAUAGGAAACUCAGCCUCAGAUAUAGCCUGUGAACUAAGUAAGAAGGCUGCACAGGUCUUUAUCAGCACCAGACAAGGUACCUGGGUCAUGAGCCGAAUCUCUGAAGAUGGCUAUCCUUGGGACAUGGUCUUCCAUACAAGAUUUAACUCCAUGCUCCGAAAUGUCCUGCCACGCACCAUUGUCAAAUGGAUGAUGGCACAGCAGAUGAAUCGAUGGUUCAACCAUGAAAAUUAUGGUCUUGAGCCUCAAAACAAAUACCUUAUGAAAGAACCCGUAUUAAACGACGAUCUUCCCAGCCGCCUGCUAUAUGGAGCCAUCAAAGUGAAAACUAGAGUAAAAGAGCUCACGGAAACUGCUGUCAUUUUUGAGGAUGGAACAAUGGAGGAGAACAUUGAUGUCAUUGUCUUUGCCACAGGAUAUACUUUAUCCUUUCCGUUCCUUGAUGAUUCGCUUGUUAAGGUGGAAAAUAAUAUGGUCUCGCUGUACAAAUUCAUGUUCCCCCCUCACCUGAAGAAGUCAACCUUUGCAUGCAUUGGUCUCAUCCAGCCUCUAGGUUCCAUUUUCCCAACUGCAGAACUUCAGGCACGCUGGGUGACAAGAGUUUUCAAAGGCUUGUGUAGCUUGCCUUCAGAAAAGACUAUGAUGAUGGACAUAAUCAAAAGGAAUGAAAAAAGAAUUGACCUGUUUGGAGAAAGCCAGAGUCAGUUACUGCAGACCAACUACAUUGACUACCUGGACGAACUUGCCUUAGAGAUAGGCGCGAAGCCAGACUUCAUCUCUCUCUUUUUGAAAGAUCCCAAACUGGCUGCCAAACUCUACUUUGGGCCCUGCAACUCCUACCAGUACCGCUUGGUUGGACCUGGGCAAUGGGAAGGAGCCAGGAAUGCCAUCCUCACCCAGAAGCAAAGGAUCCUGAAGCCCUUAAAGACACGGUCUCUGAAGUCUUCAUCCACCAUCCCAGCCUCUUUCCUUAUCAAAAUUCUUGGGCUUCUUGCUGUUGUUCUGGCCCUCUUUUUCCAACUUUAAUGAUUCUAUUUGUCAGUGUGACACUUACUUCUGCCUUUUUUCGCUUGUCCAUCAGUGCGUAUUUUAAAAAGACUGAAAGAAAAGAUAUUACAUCUACAUUGCAAUGUUUAGAGUUAGAAAGGGCAAGUAGGAGGGCUAAUUACUGGUAAAUUAAAAGAAUUAGGUCUAGAUAUAAAACCAAAAUUAUGUUAUGACUGUUCUUUGCCAAUUCUACCCUCUCCUCAAGUUCAUCAGACUCCAAACCGCUUUAUAAAAUAAAGCUGGCCCAGGCAGACAGUGCUUCCAGUCUUGACAGGGUUUGAAUAGUGUGGAAAAACAGUAAAAUUACACAAAAUAUGAAACAAGUUCCAUAGUUUAGAUUACUGGAGAACUUAAAUUGUGGUAGAUGUUUAAAACUCAUGUACUGUGUACUUGAUGGUGUUCUUAUGCAGGCUAUGGUUACAGAGCUCCCCAAUUUGGGGUUAUGCUCUGCUGGCCUCAUGAGGGAUCCCUCAAAAACACUAGAGGAAAGAAAAUAAAAUAGAUAGGCAGCAACAGCAAUGCUCAGAUAGACUUUAGGCAUCUCACAUUGCAAACUAAGAAAACAGACACAUUUCCCUGCAUACUGACAGAAACAUUGAGGCAAAAAUAAAAAUAAAUAUUACAUAUUAGCUAGCUACAACAUAUGUGCAUUGUUUAUCAUCGAUCAGACAUUGUGCUAUGUGCACAUCAUAUAUAUUAUUUUAUUUUAUUCUCACAGCACUUGUGAAGUGGGCACAGCUGUGAUACCCACUGUGUAGAUGAUGAUACUGGGAUACAGAACAGUUAUGUAACAUGCCCCAGGCCACAGUGAUGGUGUUAAGAUGGAGCUUGAAUUGGAGCUCAGCUUUAUUGAACUCUAAAACUGAAGGUCAUAACCUCACCACACAAAAUACUUAUUUGUAAAAACCUCCACUCUUGAUAAAGUACUUACUAAUAGUUCAUUUUAUUCAUUAUAAGAUUAUAGUUUUAUUCAUUAGCACUGUUUUUCAAAACUAAUAGCAACUUCCCUGAAAAUACAACUUGAUUGAUUUCAUUUGCAACAUCUGGCCUAUAUUUCAGCUAGAUUUUAAAAAGGACUUGAGUGGGUUGUGGUGGUACCCACCUUUAACCCCGGUACUCAGAUAGCAGAGAUAGGUGGAUCUCUGUGAGUUCAAGUCCAGCCUGGUCUACACAGAGAGCUCCAAACAAGCCAGGGAUACAUAGUAAAAAUCUAUCUCAAAAAAGAAAAAUAAAAUUUUCUUCAAGAAAUUUAGAAUGAAAGGUAUCUAUGCAAUCAUAUUUAAAAUAAUCAUCAACAUUUUGAAAAACUAGGAAUUAAAGGAAAACGUAUGUCCCAAGUAGUUGAAAAACACUCAGUAAUUUCAUAGCUAAGCAAGGCAAAAUGCUCAAUAGUGUGUUAUCUUUGUUAUCAGAUAUAAGGAAAUGGAGCAGUGAUGGGAGACAUUCCCUUGGCACUGAAGACUCAAGGAGACAAGCAAUUCAAUGUCAACAAACACUGAGCAACAUAAUGGACAUCAGACUAUGAACAUUCACAGCUGCUCUUUCCAUGAACUGCACUGGGAGAUAAGCUAUGCCCUGAGACCAGACCAGGGGUCUAGGAAGAAAGGGCAGACAUCGAGGACAUUAAAGAUUUAGGCAAGCCUCUCUUCUUUCUUCCUUCAAAGCUUUUAUGAACACUAUUCUUAACUCUCUCUCUCUCUCUCUCUCUCUCUCUCUCUCUCUCUCUCUCUCUCUCUCUCUCUGGCCUACAGAGAGAUGGCAAUCUCUGUCAGUAGAAACUUCUUUCUUUAAAGUUCACUGAAGAAACUGGGCUGGGGAAAUUGCUCAAUCAGUUAAGAUAUUUUCCUUGGUGAGCAUAAGGAUCUGAGUUUGAUCCCCAGAACACAUAUUUUAAAAGCCAGGUGUAUAGCCAGACCUGGUGGCAUAUACCUUUAAUCCAAGCACACUUAGGAGGCAGAGGCAGGUGGAUCUCUAUGAGUUUAGGGACAGCCCAAUCUACAUAUCAAGUGCCAAGCCAGGUGUGGUGGCACUCACUUGUAAUCCCAGUGCUGAAAUUACAAAUGAAAUGGAGAGGGGCUGACUCCCAAGGAUCAUUGGCCAGCCAGCCUAGCCUAUUUGCUGAGUUCCAGGUCAGUAAGAGAAUCUGUCUCCAAAAGAAAAGGUGGACUGUGCCUAAGGAACAACACCAGAGAUUGGCCUCUGGCCUACAAACACGUACACACAAACCUGCACACUCAUGUGUACCUGCACACACUUACAUAUACAAAAAAGUUCAUGGAAGGUACUACAAUUCCUUGAAUUUACAUUUAAGACUUUUUAUUGCUCUUAUAAGCAAAUUCCUUUUAAAACUUACAAACAAAUGGGGUAUGGUGGUGAAUACCUUUAGUUCCAUCACUCUGGAGGUAGAGUCAGGUGCAUCUUUAUAAGAUCAAGGCCAUUCUGGUGUACAUAGUGAGUUCCAGGCUAGCUGGAGCUAUAGGGA